AUGUCUACAAUGCCAACCAAGCCACUUGUAUUGCAAACGAAGAAGCUCGAUCAGCCUCCUGAGGGAUUCGAUGACACCUCCCGAGGAGAUGUUCACUGGCACACGCUCUUCUCUUCUCCAGAAACUCCUACUGAUCAAUUGACCGCAGGACUUGGCAUUUGUCCGGUUGGAACUGGCCGCUUGUGUAAACACCGUCACAAACAUGCUGAGAUAUACUACAUCACUGAAGGUAUUGGUGAGGUGACCGUUGAUGCUGAAACCUACGAAGUUUCAAAUGGGCACACUAUCUAUAUUCCUGGUGAUGCUGAACACGGGAUCAAAAACGUCGGAAACAUUCCCUUGAAAUGGUUUUACGUAUUUGCUGCAGAUUCAUUUUCAGAGAUUGUGUACAGAUUUUCUCACGAGCAGAGCUCUGAAUAA